UCACAUUUACGCGCCGGAGUGACUGAUCAACAAUGGCUGCCGACAAGACAAAACAAGAAACCGUGGAUGAAGAUUUUUCGCUAUUGCCUUUGGUCCACGACAUUAUAAAAUGCAUGGAUAAGGAUGGGGCUGACGUCCAGCAGGAGUUGUCCAAGCUGAAGGCGAAGAUCCAGGAGUCUCGGGAGCAGAUAGCGGCCAUGCCGGGCAUCGACGUGAGUCCAGCGGUGCAGCAGCAACAGCUGGAGACCCUGCGCGAACAGGUCCAGACCAAGAAGCAGCUGCUACAGAAGUACAAGAGCCUCUGCAUGUUUGAGGUGCCUAAAGCAUCCUGAGCUGCGAUGGCUUUAUGAACUGUGAUCAAGUAACACAGCCAAGCUGUUGCCAAAUGUAUUGGUGGGACUGCUCUCUAAAGGCAUUUUGGACUUUUUCAGCCAGCCUUCCGUCUGAAUGAGUGAGCCAGUGUUUGAGACUGAGUGAGCGUGUGCUUAAAUGUUUUGACUUUUGUCCUUUUCAGUGUUUGUGAUGAUUUUUUAUACUUUCCCUUUUGCAAUAAAAUACUAAGAAAUGCA